AUGGACGACGAGGGCGCGGUAGAGAUCGAAGAAGUCCUGUCUCUGCUCAACCAAGGGGGAGGAAGCGCGACGAUUCUCGAGGACGACGAGCCAGAGUCAAUCGAGGUAGACGAGGCGCGUGGUCAGAGCGGCGACGAGGCUAAUCACGAUGCGGAGACGAUCAACGAGGUAACCUCGUCGGGAAUGUUUGCGUUAGACGGGCCGCCCGACGUCGCCGACGUGGAUAAAUUGCGCUUCGCAUGUGAUGCCGUCCGCGAAGGGGCGGGCGACGACGGCGGCGCGGGCGUUCGCCGCGGCGAUGACUUCGCCGACUCGUUCGAAGCCUCCUUUUUCGCGAAGACCUUUCCCACGCUGUUGCCAUUUGGCGUCGGAGGGCCGCGACCGGUCGAAGAAGCAGCCGUACAACUAGGCAGAGGCACCGCCGACAUACGCGAGCGGGAGGCCGCGACGCGAGAGCUCGUGUCGUCUCGGAACAUGAGCCUUCGGACCUGGGCCGACACGGUGUUACGACGCCACGGUGGCCGGUUCGCGACGCACCACAUCUUCGCCUUCCUCGUCUUUAAUAUAGGCGUGCGGUCGAGGAACCGCCGCGUCAGCAUGCUAAGCGUGACGAGGAAGAACUUCCGCAAGGUGGAGCGCAUCGUACGGUCGCUAACCGCGGACGGAUUGGCGGCGGCCAGGGCCGAGCUAGAGAGCACAGGCAAGACGACCGAUGAUGCGGUGAAGGAGCUGCUCAGGAGCCUUUCGCUGUAUGGGUAUCGUCAGCCCAUGUCGAGGGAGGUCCGUCUCGGGAUGCGGCAUAGGAUCCUGGCGCUCAUCGUCCGUUACGGCGUGCCCGCCAUCUGGUUCACGAUCAACCCAAACGACAUCACGAAUCCGGAGUUCCUACGAAGCCUCGAUAAGGCGUUCAAACGUGUGCGGCUGUCCGUGUCCGACCCGAUGAGCUCGGCCGUCUUCUUCCACCGCGAGAUGACGCUGUUCUUCGAGCAUUACGUCAAUGCCGGGGAGUCGGUCUUCGGCCGCGUCAGCCAGUAUUAUGGCGCCGUGAAACGAACGAGCGAGGCUCCCUCCACGUGCACGGGCUGCUCUGGCUCGAGGAAACGCCCACCUCAGCUCGAUGCUUGCCGACUCAGACGGCGGGAACAAGCGGCAUACCGCGAGCGAAUCGUCCGCUACGUCGAUAGUGUCUUCAGCGAGGACCUGGACCAGGAAGGGUUCUGCGCCGUCGAGGCAGAGCGUUCGGUGACGUCCGAUAUCUCGUCCCUGCUGAACAGGGCCGAUCAGUUCUCGGCCUCGUUCGAGGAGGAAGCCAACUUCUGCGCCGGCGCGACCCAGAUCCAUACCCACAGCCCGACAUGCGUCAAGUACUCCCUCGGCAGCAAGGGGCGGAAGGGCGCCGACCUCUCGGACGGCGUGCUGCGGAUCCGCAGAACACAUCCCAUGGUGAACCGGUGGAACAAGGCCAUCGCCGUCGGGCUCCGUCACAACCACGACAUUUCCUUUAUAGCGACGCAGCGGAAGACCAUGGCGCUCGUCUACUACGUGACCAAUUACGCGACUAAGGUGGAGGACCCGACGUGGAAGCGCGUCGCCGCCGCCGCCGAACUGCUGCCCGUCGUGUCGGCCGGUAGUCAGCCGGGUGCCGGGGAUGACACGCGGCAGUUUCUCAUGAGAGUGGCGAAUCGGGUGUUCACGGAGCGGGCGCUGUCCGCCUGGGCGUACCUGAACGUGUCGGUGCUAUACUGGCACGUCUCGAGGCUCUGGCGACACCUUCGGCAGCAGAGCGGCACCGCGGCGGUCGAAGACGUGUCCGUCGCGGACGAGUCGGUCGUCGUCGAACAAGCAGGCGAGAGGAUCAGUUUCGCCGAGGCCUAUCAUCAUCGCGGACAUGUCCUACGAGGCUUGUGCCUAUACGACUAUGUUUCGCUCGUCAGGCUCCAACGCGUCGGCAAGGCCGGCUGCUCCGGCGGCUGGGGAGAGGUGCCGUUCGAGGGCGGCUGGGUGGCCGGUAAAGACUGGGUCCAGGUGCUAAGGCGGCCGGGAAAGUACGCCGUCGUCUGCCUCGACGGCUACCUAAGCAAGGAUUUCGAGCAGGACGACGAGGAAUCGGCUCAUCGCAGGGCUGCCGUCCAGCAUCUUGCGCUAUUUGUGCCGUGGGAAGCCUUUCUCGGCGAAGAAGAAGGGGACAUCAAUGAGAUAUGGAGGCGGGCGCGAGCUGCUUCCGCCGAGAAUCUCGUGCCUCGUCGACAACGUUCAACUGCUCCGGCGGUCCGCCGAGGACGCGAGGCGAGACGCCAAGCAGUGGGCGGCCUCGGGCGGCGCCGGGGAUUGCGCCGGCGCUCUCGGCGAGGCGGGGAGGGGAGGAGGGGGCGACACCCGGGGGACGACGACGCGGCCUCGGCGUACCAGGCCGACAACGUCGGAAAGGCAACGCGACUAAUCGACGUCGUCCGAAGCGCGGCCGGGGCGAACCAGAUCACGGCGGGAUCGCGCGAGCUCGGGUAUGAUACAGCAGCUGUGCCGCUUCCAGCAGUCAGCGCUGGCCUCGACCGCCGAGCUCGAGGCCUCCAUCGUCAGGGAACGGGGCGGAGGCGCAUCGACUUGCCGGGGCGGGUCUUUUCCGGGGCCGCGGUGCCGCAGGACCAGGUCAAGGCCAUCAAGUCGCAGCAGACGAGCGCCUCGAGGGAGAGGGUGAAGAUGAUACAGGGCGUGCAGAUAACGGCGGCGGAAGCCGAGGAGACGGCAGGUAACGCCGAGGCCGGCAUGGAAGUCCGCCUCGGCCCGUCGACCUCGUUCCUCGAGGCCGGAAAAUUGACGAGACGCUUGACGCUAAACAGGAAACAGGCCAUCGCCUUGUCCAUAAUAUGCCGCCACCUUGACUUGAUGCGGCGAGGAGACGGAGGGGGCGACGUCAGCCAGCUCUGUCAGUUCGUCGGCGGCGAGGGCGGUACCGGCAAGUCGCGCGUCAUCGAAGCACUCGCGGAGCGGUUCGUCGACGGCGAGUCCCGCAUGGACUGGCAGGACAAGGAGGUGCUCGUCAUCGACGAGGUAAGCAUGCUCGGCGCGCGCACGCUGCACGCCGUCAACGAGCGGCUCUGCCAGCUGCGGGGGUCGCAGCGGGACUUCGGCGGGAUCCCCAUCGUCCUCUUCUGCGGGGACUUCCACCAGUUCCGCCCGGUCCAGGAAAGGUCGAUCCUACUGCCGAGCUCGGCCGUCUCGUGGGACGAGGACUACUCGUUCAGGGCCGAGCAGCGCCACCAGCACGACAAGGCGCACGCGCUGUGGAAGCGGUUCACCACUGUCGUCAUGCUGGACGAGCAGAUGCGCGCCGCCGGCGACCCGGAGCUGCAGAGGCUGCUAAAGCGGAUCCGACUGGGCGUGCAGGAUCACACCGACCUAGACCUCCUUAACUCAAGAUGCUACCGGGAAGGCAGGCGAAUCCCGUGGGAGACAGGCAUCACCGUGGUCACGCCGCUAAAUAGGAACCGGUGGAAUCUCAACAUGGAGGCGAGCUUAGCAUUCCAGAUGCAACGACGUUUGACGAUACGCAUCUUCAUCUCCGAGCAUAAGUGGAAGGAGGGGCUGCCGACCGAGGAAGAGGCCAUCAUGAUGCUAAACCAGGGCGACGACAGCGCGACCCCAGUGCCGGGCGUCUUUAUGUUUGUGGCCGGGAUGCCGGUCGUCGUGAACCACAACACCCACCAGGGGCUGAAGCUGGUGAACGGCGCCAGCUACACGGCGGCCGAGGUCAUCGUCGACAAGGUGCACCCGGCGCAUCGCAUCUCGGCCGAUAUGGCGAUCCACUUCGGCCGCCGGCGGCGAUCAUACUAG